AUGGGAACAAAUUACAUUUACAAAACAAGUUUCGUGUUUAAACUCAAAUGGUGUCGAAUAUUGAACUACUGGUCGGAGCGCAACAUCUCUGGUCCAAAACCCAUCCCAUUGUUUGGCAAUAAUUUAACUCUUUUACUAAAACCGAGUUCAGUCGUCGACAUGGAGUGGUUUAACAGUUACGGCCGACUCUACGGAGUGUAUAAUUGCGAUAAACCCUCACUACUAGUGUCGGACGCGGCGCUCAUCAAACAGAUAAUGGUUGAGUACUUUCACGCCUUCACAAACCGGCCGAACGCACUCCAGGACGAGAUGACCGUCAAUACUGUGAUCCACGCCAGGGAUGGCCACUGGAAACGGUUGCGAACGAUAAUCAGCCCCACAUUCACGUCGGGUAAACUCAAACACAUGUACCCACUCAUCGACGAGUGUUGCGGCGACUUAUUGGCCGCACUCGACCGCCAGGUGUCCGCCAACAACAACACCGGUCAGCUCAGGCCAACUCAGGUGGAGCUGAAACAACUGAUGAACGCCUAUAGCAUGGAUGUGAUCGCCCGGACGGCGUUCGCCACCAAAAUCAAUCUCUACUUCGACCAAAACAAUCCGCUACUCAAUAAGUCACUACUCUAUGUAACAAAUCAAUUUUCUAUUAGGAUAUGGCAUAAAAUAUUGGCCAUGAUUUUGCCCACAUUUAUAACCGACACUAUCUGUUGGAAAUGGUUGAUAACCGGUGGCGGACCGCCGGUCACCACAUCGCUCAUCGCUAUCGCCCGGCGUUUGUUGGCUGAGCGCAAAACGUCGGCCCAAAAACAUCACGAUUUCCUACAGUUGUUGAUCGACGCGAAGGCAGAAGUAGUGGACGACAGCAAUACCGAGACUACCGGUGCGGACACCGAAGCCGACGACAAACUGAUUGCAGAGAGCCGUGCGUUGAGUGGACUCGUGGGUAAGAAGUUGACUGAAGUUGAAAUCCUGGCCCAAAGCGCCUUAUUUUUUACCGUCGGCUAUAAUAACACGAGUACUACACUGUCGUACUGUACCUAUGAGUUGGCAGUCAAUCCCGAUAUUCAGGACCGGUUGGUGGCGGAGAUCAGCGCCGCGUACAAUGAAAACACGGCGGACAUAGACUACGACACCCUUUGGCUACGACUACCACUUCUGGACGCCGUCGUAUCGGAAACACUUCGCAGAUAUCCGCCGGUGUAUCGCAUCAUAAGACAGGCGUCGGAAAACGUGGUGCUGACCACUGGUGGCGACGGACUCCAGGCUAUGAUUGAGAAAGAUUUUAUCGUUGAAAUACCGGUGUACGCCUUACAUCACGAUCCGGACUACUUUCCCGACCCGUUUGCCUUCAAACCCGACCGCUUUUUGCCCGACAAUCGCCAUAACAUCAAACCCUAUACAUACAUGCCGUUCGGCGUCGGACCCCGUAAUUGUGUGGCCACGCGUUUUGCCAUGCUCGAGCUCAAACUGACCAUGGUCAAAAUGUUGCAACAGUUUCGUUUCUAUCGGGUGCCCGACACCGAUGUGCCCCCAGUGCUGAUGAUUGGUCGGGAAGACUUGCAGGCAAAGCGAGUUGUAGUGGGCGCUGAUAGCGACAAAUGA